AGAAAACUCAUUAUAAAUCAACAACGAACGAACAUCAAAAUACACCAAUCAACUCAUUCCAAAGCUCCUCGUCAUUCUGAGUGAGAAUGAUAACCACAAAUCAACACCACAUAUAAAACCUCCCUACCUAGAUCCCACCCCCAAUCCUACACAAUGUUGAACAGCAACCAGAACCAUCAUCUACCUUUACUACCAUAGCUCUCAAAUUUACAUCCAUCCCCACCCCAAGAAACAAUGUCCAACACCAACCAAACCCUCCACGCUGCCAAAUCCUGGCUCCAAGACUUCCACUCCCUAGGCGACCAACUCAACCCCGACACCGCCGUCCCCAAAUUCUACACUCCAGACUGUGAGAUGAGAUUUCCAGGCCAUGCUCCAAUUAAGGGUGACGAAGCAAUUAUCAGCUUCUUCAAAGAGCAGUCCACGAUCCUGGAGAGCAUGAAGCAUACUAUUGGCCAUGUGGACGUUCUUCCUGAUCGCAUCUAUCAGGAGGCGACCAUCGACUAUGUUUUGAAAGGUGACGAGGAGAAGAAGGUGGUUAGUGUUCAGGGUAUGGCGAUCUUUGGGAAGAGGGUGGAUGAGGAUAAGAUGAGGUUUUUCACGGUCUAUUUGGAUACGAGUCCUCUGGUGGAGAGGGUUAGGGUUGUUACUGGUGCUAGGGAGAAGUGA